GCACUGACCCUCCGACAGCGCCCGCUCCCUCAGCACUGACCCUCUGGAAUUAAAGACAGCAUCAAGUGACAGAACUCCGAGCCGGUCUCGUACCAGUGGAUUGGAAUCGCGGCCCAUAGGCCUCUGAACAUUGAAGGUGUAGAUUCUGCUGUGGCCCCGACACUCCCUGCUCGUCCAAUCACACGCUGUGCCUCCCCGACACUCCCUGCUCGUCCAAUCACACGCUGCAUCGGCCCAACUCUCUCUGCUCGCCCAAUCACACGGACCGUCUCCCCGACACUCCCUGCUCAUCCAAUCACAUGCUCAUUCCCCGCUCAUCCAAUCACACGCAGCGUCUGCCCGACUCUCCCUGCUCGGCCAAUCACACGCUGCGUAUCCACGACUGUCCCUGCUCGUCCAAUCACAGGCUGCGUCUCCUCGACUCUCCCUGCCUGUCCAAUCACAGGCUGCGCCACCCAUUCUCUCCCUGCUCAUCCAAUCGCACGCUCAUCUCCCAUUCUUUCCCUGCUCACCCAAUCACAUCGCUGCACCUCCCCGACUCUCCCUGCUCAUCCAAUCACACGCUGCGUCUACCCAACUCUCCCUGCUCGUCCAAUCCCACGCGUCUGCCCGACUCUCCCUGCUCGUCCAAUCACACGCAGUGUCUGCCCGACUCUCCCUGCUCGUCCAAUCACACCCUGCGUCUCCCCGACUCUCCCUGCUCGUCCAAUCACACGCAGUGUCUGCCCGACUCUCCCUGCUCGUCCAAUCACACGCUGCGUCUACCCAACUCUCCCUGCUCGUCCAAUCACACUCGUCUGCCCGACUCUCCCUGCUCGUCCAAUCACACGCAGUGUCUGCCCGACUCUCCCUGCUCGUCCAAUCACACGCUGCGUCUCCCAUUCUCUCCCUGCUCGUCCAAUCACACGCUGCGUCUCCCCGACUCUCCCUGCUCGUCCAAUCGCACGCUGCGUCUCCCCGACUCUCCCUGCUCAUCCAAUCACACGCAGCGUCUCCCCGACGCUCCCUGCUCGUCCAAUCACACGCGUCUGCCAGACUCUCCCUGCUCGUCCAAUCACAAGCGUCUGCCCGACUCUCCCUGCUCGUCCAAUCACAAGCGUCUGCCCGACUCUCCCUGCUCGUCCAAUCACACGCAGCGUCUGCCCGACUCUUCCUGCUCGUCCAAUCACACGCAGCGUCUGCCCGACUCUCCCUGCUCGUCCAAUCACACGCGUCUGCCCGACUCUCCCUGCUCGUCCAAUCACACGCUGCGUCUGCCCGACUCUUCCUGCUCGCCCAAUCACACGCUGUGUCUCCCCGACUCCCCCUGCUCGUCCAAUCACACGCAGCGUCUGCCCGACUCUCCCUGCUCGUCCAAUCACACGCGUCUGCCCGACUCUCCUUGCUCGUCCAAUCACAAGCUGCGUCUCCCCGACUGUCCCUGCUCGUCCAAUCACACGCAGCGUCUCCCCGACUCUCCCUGCUCAUCCAAUCACAUGGACCGUCUCCCCGACACUCCCUGCUCGUCCAAUCGCACGCUCAUCUCCCAUUCUUUCCCUGCUCGUCCAAUCACACGCUGCGCCUCCCCAACUGUCCCUGCUCGUCCAAUCACAAGCUGCGUCUCCCCGACUGUCCCUGCUCGUCCAAUCACACGCAGCGUCUCCCCGACUCUCCUUGCUCGUCCAAUCACAGGCUGCGUCUCCACGACUCUCCCUGCUCGUCCAAUCACAGGCUGCGUCUCCCCGACUCUCCCUGCUCAUCCAAUCACAUGGACCGUCUCCCCGACACUCCCUGCUCGUCCAAUCGCACGCUCAUCUCCCAUUCUUUCCCUGUUCGCCCAAACACAACGCUGCGUCUCCCCAACUGUCCCUGCUCGACCAAUCACACGCUGCGUCUCCCAUCCUCUCCCUGCUUGUCCAAUCACACGCUGCGUCUCCCCGACUCUCCCUGGUCAUCCAAUCACACGCAGCGUCUCCCCGACUCUCCCUGGUCAUCCAAUCACACGCAGCGUCUACCCAACUCUCCCUGCUAGUCCAAUCACACACUGCGUCUCCCAUUCUCUCCCUGCUCGCCCAAUCACACGCUGCAUCUCCCCGACGCUCCCUGCUCGUCCAAUCACACGCUGCGUCCCCCAUUCUCUCCCUGCUCGUCCAAUCACACGCUGCGUCUCCCCGACUCUCCCUGCUCAUCCAAUCACACGCUGCGUCUCCCCGACUCUCCCUGCUCAUCCAAUCACAUGCUGCGUCUCCCCGACUCUCCCUGCACGUCCAAUCACACGCUGGGUCACCCAUUCUCUCCCUGCUCGCCCAAUCACACGGACCGUCUCCCCGACUCUCCCUGCUCGCCCAAUCACACGCUGCGUCUCCCCGACGCUCACUGUUCGUCCAAUCACACGCUGCGUCUGCCCGACUCUCCCUACUCGUCCAAUCACACGCAGCGUCUCCCAUUCUCUCCCUGCUCGUCCAAUCACAAGCUGCGUCUCCCCGACUGUCCCUGCUCGUCCAAUCACACGCAGCGUCUCCCCGACUCUCCUUGCUCGUCCAAUCACAGGCUGCGUCUCCACGACUGUCCCUGCUCGUCCAAUCACAGGCUGCGUCUCCCCGACACUCCCUGCUCGUCCAAUCGCACGCUCAUCUCCCAUUCUUUCCGGCUCGCCCAAUCACCUGCUGCGUCUCCCCGACUCGCCCAAACACAACGCUGCGCCUCCCCAACUGUCCCUACUCGUCCAAUCAUAUGCUGCGUCUGCCCGACUCUCCCUGCUCGUCCAAUCACACGCGUCUGCCCGACUCUCCCUGCUCGUCCAAUCACACGCGUCCGCCCGACUCUCCCUGCUCGUCAAAUGACACGCGUCUGCCCGACUCUCCCUGCUCGUCCAAUCACACGCGUCCGCCCGACUCUCCCUGCUCGUCCAAUCACACGCGUCUGCCUGAC